AGGAGCCGGAUUUAACAAAGUCUCGGUCACGUGACCAGAGUGGGCGGAGCUCCUAAGGUCAUAUCCCAGUGUUCUUUGGACGUACUUCCUUUCUGUCUUUUUCCGGCGUUCAAGAUGUCGAAGCGAGGACGUGGCGGGUCCUCCGGGGCAAAGUUCCGGAUUUCCCUGGGUCUUCCAGUAGGCGCUGUGAUCAACUGUGCUGACAAUACAGGAGCCAAAAAUCUGUAUAUCAUCUCUGUGAAGGGGAUCAAGGGACGGCUGAACAGGCUUCCUGCUGCUGGCGUGGGUGACAUGGUGAUGGCCACGGUCAAGAAAGGCAAACCAGAGCUCAGGAAGAAAGUGCAUCCAGCAGUGGUAAUUCGACAACGAAAGUCAUACCGGAGAAAAGAUGGCGUAUUUCUUUAUUUUGAAGAUAAUGCAGGGGUCAUAGUAAACAAUAAAGGUGAAAUGAAAGGUUCUGCCAUCACGGGACCAGUGGCAAAGGAGUGUGCAGAUUUGUGGCCCAGGAUUGCAUCUAAUGCUGGCAGCAUCGCAUGAUUUUCCAGUGUGUUUGUAAAAAAAAAAACCCAAAACAUUAAAAACUAUUUGCUCCCAAUGCUUGCCAUCCUA